AGACUCUGUAUCAGUUAGCCUAUACCGUACUGUAUGAAGGUACAGUAGGGUAUUAAUUGAAGACCUACCUUGAAAAUGUUGGAUAAAACUUGAUAAUAUUUCAGUUCUAUAUUAUUUGAAUAUUAUCUGAAAGUACCUAACCAAGAUUAAUUUCAAGGAAGAAGUUUGAAAUUUAAGAUCAUGGAUUAUUUGUCUCUAAAAAGCAGUGAUAUUUCCACAAGCCAAGAAUCUCGACGUCCUGUUGAAGAAAUUCUCGAUCUGCUAUCAGAUGACAGAUGCAUCAAGGAAGCUACAGACGACUUGAGUGAUGCAUCAAUUCUCACGCCCCCAUUUUCAGAGUUCUCAAUUGUUGACGGCAGGCCUAGUUUGGGACAUUCGGUCACUUGCUACCAUUGGUCUGCUGAUUAUCUAGCUGUUUUAGAUGAAAUAGAUGACGAGGAAUGCGAAAACCUGUCAGUUCCUUGCAGUUCUUGUUCGUUUUGCUCUUCAUGCACCAGCGAUACGUGGGAGGUUCUGGGUAUAACUAAUGAUCUAUUCAAGAAACCAAGGGAAUUUUCCAAGAAAUUCAAACGAGAAAUUGAUGGACUGAUCAGAUCUGGUGCUACAGGUGAUAAAGAGUUUGAUAAGGUGUUUGUUGACGCAAUAUCGGAUACAAAAUCGGAGGCUAGUUCAAGAGAUUUGCAACGGAAGCCUAGGAAACGAUCAACUACAGACUUUGAUCCAUUGUCUGGACUGUGGAAUAUGUUGUCCACAUACGACGAUUUCCAGGUCACCGCUCCAGGUUUCAAUGUUUCCCAACAGGAGAAGCCGCAUUGGUUGGAUCAAGAGGCCAUGCCGUGGCAGCUAAAGGAAAAGUCGAGAGUGAAAUGCAUGAAUUGGCUUACGAAAUACCACAAAUAGCUUAUUUAUUUUAUUGUAUAAUCACAAGAUUGCAUAUUGAGAAAAUUUCGAAUUGUGAGUUGUAAGUUAAUAUUUCCCUAACGAAUAAUAUAUCUUAUGCUUUUUUAACAUCAAAUACAUUUUUAUGCAACCAAUUUAUUAUGAAUUAAAAAAUUGUAAUGGCUGUAUCUGAGAGGAGAAUAGUUUCGAGGAUUACUGUACAUGACAAAAGAAAUGGUACUCAAGUUCCUCCUAUAUUCAGCAAUUAUAUUAUAUUUACCAAGAAUGAUGAAUAUUAAUUAAUUCACUUUCACUUUGAUUCGACUUACAAUAGGGUUAUAAGGUAUAUAUGUAUGUAAACUACUGUUAUAGACGUUUAAUAAAAGACUUCUAUUUUGUUGAAAUAAAAAAUCAAAUUAGAAUAGAAAUGACCACGCUUUGAAAAACUUCAAUUUGAUCAUUUCAUUGAAACCUUAUCCUCAACCUUAUAGAGUUUAAAGCUUAUUAAUGCCAAUAAGGGGGGCAUAAAAAUGAAAGUCAUAAAUUUUAUUGAUUUUAUUUGUAUAAACUACUUACACAAUAAAUCCACAGACAUGAUAAUAGCACCUAGAAUGCUUGUAUCUUUUGUAUACUUCGGUUAGGUCAGGGUGACAUCAACAAAUAAACUAAAAGAGUCAUAAAAAUUGCAGUCUUCUCAAUCAUGCUAAUUUUUAAUUACUACCGAUUUUCUAAUGAAUAUAAUAUUAAUAAAGUAGUUUAAGCUAGACAAUAUCAAUUACUGUUAACCUUUCAAAUUGCACGUCUAGAAAAAAUCGCUAGUCUUUUCAAUGACAUCAUAACACUCUCAUUGUAUAUUUUGUCUCUGUCAUUUCCGAAGUAAUUAUGAAUAGUAGUUAGUAUAGCGGUAGUAGUAUAUAGGUUAGUAAACUAAUCAGCUACAAAUUACAUUACAAUAGUUUAUUUGUAAUCCUGAGGAACAGAUAUACAUAGCAUAGCCAUCAACUUGCUAUAAAGGAUUCUGGAGUUUUCAUUUACCUUAUUAUGAGGCAUAGUACAGGUAUAUCAUUAAAGCUUUCAAUGCUAUCAUAAUAUACAGUAGUACUAUGAUAUCGAAACAAAUUGUUACAGUUUAAUGCUGAAUAACUCUCACUUUUGAAUUUCCGAAACAUUUAUUUUAAUGAAAGUAACAAACUGAACCUCUUGACUGUAAUACCAACAAAAUGAACAGUCGAUCACUGGUAAAGUAAUUUCAAUGACUGUCAGUAGUGAUUGAGGAAUUAAAAUUUAUAAAUCAAAAGGGCAGAAGACUUAAUAAAUCAGUUAUUGACAUGAUUGUACAUAAUUAUACAUUGAUAAAAAUAAAACACAUUCUAUCAUUAAAUAAAGUAUAAUUCACAAGAAAUUAGGCCCUAAUUAUUAUUAUAAUGCAAGAAGAAUUUAUCGCAUUUUUAUUCAUUACAAACAGAAUAUUAAUAUCUUUUGAAGAAAUAAAAAAAAUCUCCAUUAAAAAUAAUAUCUAAAUUAUCACAGGGUAAUAUGAAGGUUGUAUUUAUUUUGUUUCAAAUGAAAUUAUUUAAACUUCACUUUUACUGAGAGCAGUGAGUGUUCCAAAAAUAAAGUUGAUCCAACUAAAAGUUUCUCUGAAUAUACAUACAUGUCUAAUAUUAUAAAGAAAUAAAAAUAAAAAGAUUCAAGUACCUUACCAUUUAAAAAAAGUUUUACUCGCAACACGUUUCAACAUUAAUGUAAAUUUCAAGUGAAUGAAUCUCAUUAAAUUUACUCACUUGAAAAUUACAAAUGUUGAAACAUGUGAGUAAAGAUUUUGAAAAAGGUUACUUAGAUUUUUUAUUUCUUGAUAAUUAAGAGUAUGCCUAACCAAGAAGGUAAUAUCUAAUAUUUUAUUUAGAAACUGAAUUAAAGUUGAAAAUCCAUUCAAAUAUUGCAAUAUUAUUCAAGUUUAGGAAUAUAACACCAAUUACACACACACUCACACAUUCUGAUAUUUAUGAGAAAAAUUUGCCAUUUUAGAGAGCGCAAUUUUUAAACGGUUCCCUCAAUAUGUUGGUUAAACUUCUAGGAUGUUUUACUUCUUCAAAUUUUUCAAGUUACAGAAUCAUUGGGAAUGAAAUUUAUCAAAACAUUUUUUGAAUAAGGCAUGGUUAGUAAAUGACAGCUAUCACAAAUCAGUAGAAAACAGCAUCGGUACCCCUAGUGUAGUUGAAGCAUUCAAAGUUGAAACUUGCAAGUUGUAAACUUGUACUGUAAUUACAUUGGAUACAAUUUUUUAACUGUGUGCACUAUAUACAGGUUAUUUUGAGAUGAUUUAUGUGAAAAACAUACUUUAAUUAUUCUCAUACGUUUGUAAACCAAAUAAUGGAAAGCAAAGUUUUUACAAGAUUCAAGAAUUGUAUAGCAAAACAUUUCCAUAAAGAUUAAAUCUUGAGAUCGGCGAGCAUAGAAAUUAAGGUUGCAUAGAUCUGAGUUUGACGGAAUAACUAAAUUUCUUGAAAAUAAAAUAGUCUUUUUUCUUCAAUUGUCCUAAAGUGCGCAAUUCAUUUCAUGUUCUGGAAC